GCGCCAGUGAUGGAGGCGCAAGGCGUGUGGUCGGCCGCAGCCUGCCGCUGGCAGCUGCUGCUCCUGGCUGGAGCCGCAGCCUUCAAUCUAGAAACGCACCCCGAGCUGGCCAGGAUCAUUGCCGACCCCAACGCGCAGCGUGGCAGCUAUUUCGGGUUCACCGUCGGCCUGCGUAGGGACCAACUCGGCACGUGGGUUGUAGUUGGUGCACCCAGAGCCAAUUCAACGUAUCCAGCUCAUGCAAGCAUCCACCAGCCAGGUGUAGUCUAUCAAUGUGCAGUCCUAGGCAGCAAGGAUUGCAUACGCCUCUCACUUGAUCCUACAGGAAAUGUGGAGCAGAGAUUGGGUGAUGGAUUUGAUGUCAAGCAUCACAAAGACGAUAUGUGGCUUGGUGGUUCCCUUGAUGUCCAACAGAAUGGACCAGGCAUUGUGGCUUGUGGAAGCCGAUGGAUAAAUCAGUUCUAUACAGGUUACUACCUCAUCAAUGGAAUUUGUUAUUUUCUAAAAGACACACAGCAAGCAGAUUCAAAGGUCCAGAAAAUAAUGCCACUUAUUCAGAGAAGGGAUCAAGGUUAUGAAGAAAUAGAAAAUGGUGAGAAGGCUAUAAAAUACUAUUACAGCUAUGGACAAGCUGGACUGGCAGUUCAGUUUGCAAAAAAUGAUACUGAAAUUAUAAUUGGUGCACCUGGUAUAUAUGUCUGGAAAGGAUCUGCUAUCAUAUUCAGAACAGAGGAAAGUGACAAAUCUAAAUACACCAAAGUGGCAGUUCCAAAUCCACGGCAUACUCCAUCACUAAAAGAAGAUUCGUAUUUUGGUUAUUCACUGGGAACAGGAAAAUUCUAUGCUGAUACAAAUGAAGUAUUCUACGUAAGUGGAGUUCCACGUGGUGCAGAUUGCAAGGGGAAGAUUCUAAUAUUUUCAGUUAAAAUAGACCAGGAGAGGCAAAAAUCAGAACUUUUUAUAAUCAGUGAAUAUGAAGGAAAAGUAAUGGGAGAAUACUUUGGGGCUGCCAUUAGCAUUGUCGAUCUCAAUUCAGAUGGUCUUGAUGACAUUCUGGUUGGUGCACCAUUGCAUCCUCCACUGGAUUCUGGAAGAGUAUAUGUUUACAUCAAUAGCUUACAGAGACGAUUUAAAGAAAUUGGUGAAAGUCACAAAAUAGUUGGUUCAGGUAGUCCUUGGUCCCGAUUUGGUUCCGCAAUAUCAAACCUUGGUGACAUUAACAUGGAUGGAUUUCCAGACAUUGCUGUUGGAGCACCAUAUGAAGAUGAAGGUCGUGGUGCUGUCUAUGUGUAUAUGGGUAGUGGUACAAGCAAGACAGGACUGAGAAUGCCUUAUUCACAGCGCAUAGCUGCCUCUGAACUCAGUCCUUUGUUGAUGGGUUUUGGGAUUAGCAUCUCUAGGGGUUUUGAUGUCGAUAACAACCACUACAAUGAUGUGGCCAUAGGUGCUUAUGGAUCUGGGCAUACUAUUGUUCUACGGUCAUACCCAGUAAUAACAUUGCUGCCACAAAUACUUGCACCCAAAGUUAUCUCUAUCAAUGAUACAAGCUUCAAUAUAUCAGCCUGUAUAGGCUACCGUGCACAGUAUCCACCACCGAUGGCUCGAGUGCGAGUGAAGCUCCAUGUCACCUCCAGUGAAGGAAGAGCAAAGUUUCUAACAGACGAGUCUGGCAUGGACACUAGCGUGACAUUCUCAGCUGAAGUCUAUCCAGACAAAGCAACAUGCAAGCCUUUCACCAUUUCAAUAACGACUCAUGUUGAGGAAUUCUACAAACCAAUUGACAUAACAAUGGAGUUUGAUCUGGACAAAGAAAGAAAACGAAGGGCCAUACUGGAUUACAAUGACUCUUUCUGCAAGACAUGUCCUACAAUUGAUCCAGAUGCUUCACGGAAGUUACUCACAACUGUGCACACUGCAAAUGGCUGUAAAAAUGUUGAGAACUGCAUCACUGAUCUUCAUUUGACUGCAUUUCUUCAUAAUAUUACAGAUCCAAUUACCUUGGGAACAGCUGCUGCUUAUAAUGUGUCAGUUGACAUUUCUGUAACCAAUACAAUGGAACCUGCUUUUGUGACAAAUGUCUAUGUUUCACUACCACCAGAAGUGUCAUUGGUACGUCUCCCUCAUAAAUGCCAAGAAGAUGGGACAUCACCUGUACUACUGACAUGUAGUAUUGGAAACCUCAUUACAGGAGAAAUGGAACGUCUUUCGUUGUAUCUUCAGAUUGGAGAUGAAGCCAUUGGAUUAGAGUCUAUAGCUGUCAAUGUGACUGCAAGCAGUGCUGGCACAGAGAGUACUCCUGAAGAUAAUAUUGUAGUUCUUCAAAUUCCAGUGGUAACUGCAGCAGAUGUAGAAGUGAUAGGGAAAAGCAGUCAUGAGCAGCUUCUUCUUACUACCAACAGCAGCGCAGUUGAAUCAAAUGAAGCUCUAGAAAAGAAGCGAGUUUUCAGGCAUUUGUUUCAGGUUGUUAAUUAUGGACCAAGUCCAGUGCAGGAUGUUGGCCUUGAAUUCCAUAUUCCUGUGCAGGUCAAGAUGAAGAACUCUAUCAUAACCCUCCUUGAAAUUUAUAAACCAAAGGCAUAUCUUGAUGACGAACCACUAAACUGUCAUCAUGUAGGUCCACUGGACUUUACUUCAAUGGAAACUUGGGAUUCUGGUGAGCCUGAGGGCGACUUUCUUGGGAGUGGUAUUAACGUCAUACAACAACGACGCCGAAAACGGCAAGUGACACAAAAAGAGGUUGAAGAUUUAUCCACCAGUGUACAAUCAUUCAAUUGUUCCCAUCGAGAUGUGGUCUGCCUUCAAGUGUACUGCACUGUUGACCUAUUAGCACCUCUUACUUCAAGAGUGCUUGUUACUUUUACUGCAAAACUCACUCCUAUUACCUCAUGGGGACCAGUACUACAGGAAGGAGGAAGCCUUAGCAUCACCAGUUCUGCAAGAAUCAAAAUACCAACUUAUGUGCUGUCAUCAGGAAACAGAACUGAUGAAGCAGCAGCAACAAUACUUCUGCUAGCCAGUAGACCAUUACGAAAGGUUGAUACAUGGAUUAUUAUUAUAUCAGCCAUAAGUGGUGUCCUUGUUCUGUUGCUCAUUAUUCUUGGUCUCAUCAAGGCUGGAUUUUUCAAACGAACCAAGAAAGAGGAACUGGACAAACUGAAAGAACAGUCACUGAUGAGUUCAGAUCAAAUGAGUGAAAGCUGACAGAAAGUGGAAACGUGAUGACAAAUGUGAUAUGCAGACAUCUGCAAUCCUGUGUGAUAUACCAAAGACUGUAUGAUAACUUUGUGGAGGCAACUAGCUGUAGCCAACAUUAAUGUGAUCUCACUUUUUACUGUUAGAAUUAUAUAAUAUUUUUAUGGGUCAUUACAAAUGGCACUAAAAGUGUAACAGUGCUAUAAAUAAUGAUCCUAUUUCAUUGUCUUUCCAUACAAAUGAUCAUGAGCAGCAAACUCAAAAGUAUGCAGCAUUCUCAUUUCCAUGUUUCAAUUUUCAUAUACAGUAACCUUUCAUCAGUCACAAACAUGAACCUGUAAAUUCAUUUCAGUAUUCUCAUUUUUAGGAAAAACUAGACGUUACUUUUAUACUGGUUCAUCAUAUGUCACAUGAUAUACUACUUAAGUCAUGCAAAAGUAUUCUGUCAUCAGUCUAUAAUUAUCUGAGAGGAAUCCAUUUGUUGAUCCACAUUUAGGAAACAUCAUCCUGUAAGACUUGCACAAAUGGUCCAUUAAAAAAAAUCACAUCUUUGACUCUGUAACAAGAAAUUUAUCAUGAAGUCAUAAUAAUAACAUUGACAGUGUCUGAAUUACACUAAAUUUCUCUUCUGUAACUCGAAGUAUUCCCUAUAUUCUAACUGGCAUAUGUUCAUUAUUUUGAAAAUUCAUGUGCAUUUUUUCACUUUUUGAACUAGCAAUGCAGCCAAUUGCUGUUCAUUCAUUGUACUGAUAACAACGUCCUGUGUUGGUUUCCAGUGUCUUCCAAACUUACAAGUGCUGGUAUUUGUAACAUCCUAUUACAUUGGAAAUUUUGUAUUUUGAAUUGAAUUGAGGUGACAAAUGUGCCACAGAAUAUUAUUAAUUGACUGCCUCUUUCUAGGAUUUAAAUGAAAUAAUGUUGAUUCUGAAACUGAGCAUUUUUGUUGGUGCAUCAUUAUAUUCUCAAUUCAGUUUCAACUAUAAUUUUAAUCAGGAUGGUAACUGAUAUCAUUGUGAACAGUUUAAUAAGGAUUUGAAACACAAUAUGACAUGUUAUGUUACAGAAUACUUAAAUUUUCUAACAGGAAUGAAAACUAAGUCAGAAAUAUGCUUCUUGGUACAUAAAACUGCUUUUUAAACAUUUUCUUCAGCACCUUGAGUAGCAAUUUAACCAGUCACUUACAUAAGUUUUUAAUAAACAAUGGGUUUAUAAGCAAACAUUUUGACCAUGUACGGGUUGCUGAACAAUAGUGAGCCAUAUCAAAGAAUCACAUCAGCAUUAAGGAACUUCAGGCAUAUACUUCACUCGAAUUAUGACCAUAAAGUACAAAUGUAACAUAGACAAAUGUUAUAUAUGUUUUGUUAUGUUAAAGAACAAUCAUCAGAAUAUUGUCAUGGAAUGCUGGUAACUUGGAUGCCCUUUGCAUCCUUAAAGGACAAUUCUUUUGUGUGUCUGGUAUGAACAUCCACAUACUAAAACGAGAAAGGGAAAUCUUCAAAACUGUAAAUACGAUGUUGUGUAAAUGGUAAUGAAAAAGAAAAAUGUGAAUAAUUGUUAUUUAUAUUUUAUUAAGUUGUAGUUCAUUCUGCAAAUAUUAAUGCUGAAAAACAGCUUUUUUAUUUUAUUACAUAAUAAAAAAAGGUAAAUGGA